UUUCUUUAAUUUUCAUUUUUGAAGAAUAAAAUAAGGAGUAGAUUGUUACUGGGUUUGUUAGUUAGCCUAAGGGUAAUAGAAUCCUUGAGUUUCAUGGAGGGGCCACAGGCAUGGUUGGCAUUACAAAUCCAGUGAAAACAUAGAUUUGUUGUUUCUUUAUAAAGUUCGAGUAAGGAUGAAGUUAGAGGGUUUUGCAUGACAUGCUACCACACUUUCUCUGGCUUGUGUGUCGACAGUUGUUUGUACUGCCCUUAGAAAAACACAUUUACUGUGGUUCAUUUUUUUCUUUUACUCAACAUUUAAAAGAAAAUAUUUAGAGUUCUAGUAAAAUUAGAACCAAGUGGGGUUGAGCAAGGUGGCUUGUGCCUGUAAUCCCAGCACUUUGGGAGGCUGAGGCAGGAGAAUCACUUAAGGCCAAGAGUUCAAGACCAAUGUGGGCAAUAUAAUGAGACCCCCCGUCCCUACAAUACAUUGUUUUACAAACUAGCUGGGCAUUGUGGCAUACAUGUAGUCCUAGCAACUUGUGAGGCGGAGACAGGAGGAUUGCUUGAGCCCAGGAGUUCAAGAACCAAGUGUAUAAUAUAAUAUUAGUGUUAAAUGGAUGACUUGGGCCUAAAUAAUUUAGUUUUGUGCACUCAACUUUUGAACAGGAAUUUAUCAAGUAAUUCUGCUAAGAAGGAAGUGGGAUCAGCACUACUGUCUCUUUUGGGGGACUUAAAAGUUAGAUAUGUGACUUUGAAAGAAAAAAUACACAAAGGCAUACCACUGGAAGAGCUGCCCCCACUAUCAGUAGAAUCAAAAUUAUUAUCUACCUUCUCUACUUUUGCUUCCAGGCUAAUGAAAAAAGAAACACAUGUCUUUUCAGAAGCAGAUGCUGAACGAGAUGAUCAGAGGGCUCAAGAUUUUGAUGUUUCUUCGAACCUAAAAAAGACAAUCUCUCAAAUGUCUUUAUCAUCUGACAAUAGUCGUGCUACACAAAACAUAUCACCCAAAAAAGAUGACUUUAAAAAUGGUGAUAUAAAUGCAGACUUUCAUCAACUGAAACUUGAUGAUAAAGACUGCAGACAUUACCAAGAGAUGAGUGAAGACUGGUCUGAUGCUAAAGAGAACCUGACAGGAGUUGACAUCUCAGGAACACAAGAAAAUCAAAUAGAACAAGACAGAUGGAAUUUGGAUCUUACACUAGAAAUGAAGAAUGUUGAACCCUCACAAAGAGAUAAAGGUUAUUUGAUACAUGUUGGUGGCCUCUGCCCUUCAGUAUCUGAGGCCGAUUUAAGGUCUCAUUUCCAAAAAUACCAAGUUUCUGAAAUUUCAAUUUAUGAUUCUUCUACUAAUUACAGAUACGCAUCUCUUACUUUUACAAAAAACAGCGAUGCAAAGAUAGCUGUGAAAGAAAUGAAUGGGAUAGAAAUAAAUGGAAAGUCAGUAAAUGUGCGGCCUGUUAAAAUUCUUGGAGAAUAUACAUCACCACUUUCCUCCAAAAAUGGGAAUCGAAUUAGUUCGAAUAAUUUAGAGAAAAGCACCAAUAAAGAAAUCCACUCAGCCUUCUCCAUUUCUAGAUUGCCCAGAACUAGACCACGGCAGCUAGGAUCUGAGCAAGACAGUGAGGUUUUCCCUUCCAACCAGGGUGUCAAGAAGAAUUGUAAGCAGAUUGAAUCUGCUAAAUUAUUACCUGAUACACCUGUUCAAUUCAUACCUCCAAAUACAUUGAACCUUCGUAGCUUUACCAAGAUCAUAAAGAAACUGGCUGAACUGCAUCCAGAAGUCAGCAGAGACCAUAUUAUAAAUGCGCUUCAGGAAGUGAGAAUAAGACAUAAAGGUUUUCUGAAUGGCUUAUCUAUUAAUACUAUCGUGGAGAUGACUUCAUCUCUUCUGAAAAACUCUGCUUCCAGUUAGGAAUUCAAAAAACAAUACAGAGAACUUCCUUGGAUAGUGUGUCUCCUCCUUCAGAGAAUGUUCUACAGCACUUAGGAAAAAGUAGUAAUAACAAGAUGAUGUAAUUAGGUUGUGUAAAUGGGCUAAGCUGUUAAAAUAUUCUACUUUAUAGCCCUCCUUUAAAAUCGAGCAGCAGUUGUCUAUACAAUAUUAAGAUCUCUGUAUGUUUAAAGUUAAAAUAUAAUUUUAAUAAGUUUUAAAAUUUUUUAUUUCAAUCUUGUUGUUUAGAACAUCAAGGUGCGUAUUUGGGAUCUAAAGAAAUGGUCUUGUCCAUUUUAAAAACCUUUAUUAAGUCACUUUUAAAAUAUAUUAACCAAGAAAGAGGUUUGUUAUAUCAUUGUUUGUGAAAUGAUUUCCAUACAUAAAAAAAGGUAAUUUACCUGAACUUUAUCUUAAGACUCUUAUAUUGGAUUAUAGGAUAACAGAUAAACUGUAUAGAUACAUUCAGAAUCAUACAACAUUUUGGAAUGUGUAUACUUUCAGGCUUCCAAGAUAAUUAAAUUACGUCAUGAUACAUUUCAUGCAUUUUUAUGACUUCAGUAUAAAACAUUCAGGUGCGUUAGCCAUUUUCGCUGGGAAGGGUAAACUUGUAUGUGCUUUGGUACUUAAAUUUAAAUGUUCCCUAUAGUGCUUGCAUUCAUUUUGUGAAAAGUUCUGUUGUAUUGUUACAACAAUUUUCAAAGGCUAAUUUUAUGCCUUAUCUGAUAGAAAUAUAGAAUAGAUGGUUCUUUAAUUGCUUACUUUUUGAAAGUAAUAUAAUAUUUAAGUUGCAUUUUUAUUAAUAGUAAGGUUAACAUUUAAGUCUGCAUUUUCUUUAAAUGUUUUAAAUGUUUAUAACAUUCAAUGUUUAGUUGGUGUUACUUGAUUAAAAAUUAGCCAUUUAAUGUUUAUAUUUGAUGUAUUUAUAUUUAAUAAAGGCAUCUAAUCU